GCGCAUAAGCUCACGCUACGUAUAUCCUGCAGUUCGCUUCGGAUACCGACGUCAAAGAUAUCACCAAAUUUACAACCUGGCUGGGCCAGCUUCAGAAGACCAACGCCACAGACGCACUCCGCCUUGGUCAUCAAGUAGAAGACAUGAUUCUCCUCUGCAACAUAAAGGGCCAGUAUAGCUGCAGCGAUUUUGGGAAUUUCACUCUACGCCUGAAUCCAAGAUACGGCAACUGCUUCUGCGUUGGCUGCGACAAAGAAGCCGACCAAAAGUUGCGAGUGGACGCCGUCGUUUCGCCCAGGGCAGGAGGCCUGCAACUGUUGCUGAACACCGAACUGAACGAGUACCUGGGAGUGAUCCCUGAAGCAGGUUUCAUUUUAAUGGCCCACCACCCCAGGGUGCAACCCGACAUCACGCAAGACGGAAUCAUGUUGCCUCUGCGCUCCACCACCUACAUUAGUUUGCGGAAGGAAACUGUCAGCAGGCUUCCGCCACCUUACAAAGAUGCUUGCCAAGAUGACUGGCCAGGAAAACUCCAAGAAUUCGCUUUUAAAGGCAACCUUUAUAAUACUGAGAGCUGCAGAGAAAUCUGCAAACAGUACAGCGUGAUAACAAGGUGCCACUGCCAGUCGCCGAGACACGCCAUCAUUGUCGCCGAUAACGUAACGACUUCUCUGUGUGACGAAAAUCACAAGGAACAGGGUCGGCUGCCAGCCAGAGCUUAA